AUUUAUCUCGGGCGCAACCCGUUCAGCCAAGCCGCUAAACGAGGGGGCAAAUACUCUAUUUGGUAAUCACACACAGAUUCUAGGGUUUGCUCUAUCUCCAAUCACACACACUCGCACGGCGACGCAACGCUACGACACUCCAAUAGAUUUCCGGGUCGGGUACCACCACCCCUCUCUGUUUCAAACGGAGCAAUCUUCAAGUAAUUGCAAUUCAAUUCACUAAUUUCAGGUAUAUCGCAUGCUAGAGUUUCCAGAACUGCAAAAUGAGUGACGAAGCUUUUGAUGGACAGAUAUUGACUGAGAAAUUGUCUAAGCUCAACAGUUCUCAGCAAAGUAUAGAAUCUUUAUCUCGUUGGUGCAUUACUCACCGUAAGAAGGCCAAACAAAUUGUUGAAUCAUGGGACAAACUAUUUAAGUCCGCUCAGCGGGAUCAGCGUGUUUCCUUUCUCUAUCUGGCCAAUGACAUUUUACAAAAUAGUAAACGGAAAGGCACUGAGUUUAUGAACGAAUUUUGGAAGGUGCUUCCUGCAGCUCUGAAGUAUGUCUAUGAAACAGGCGAUGAUAGUGGAAAAAAGGCAGCCUGCCGACUGGUUAACAUCUGGGAAGAGCGCAAGGUUUUUGGGUCUCGGGGACAGAACUUGAAAGAUGAAAUGCUGGGUAAAAAUCCUCCUCCUGUUCCUGCGCUUCCCAGCAAUGGAAAGAGUUCAAAUCCUAUUAAGAUAGUAAAGAGGGAUGCUCAUUCAUUAAGAAUUAAAUUAGCUGUUGGUGCUCUGCCUGAAAAAAUAGUAACAUCAUAUCAUUCGGUACAUGAUCAAAAUGUUGAUGAAGAAGCUGCUUUUAACAAGUUUAAAAGUGUAAUUCUCCGUGGUGGGGAAAUCGAAAGAAAUGUAGAAGAGAUGUCAGCUCAUGGAAGUGUUCAAGGUUCUCAUUUGGCAGAAGAUAUUCAGGAGCAGGAAAGUGUACUCCAGCAGUGUAUCAAUCAACUGGAAAGUAAUGAAGAAACAAGGACUGCCUUGGUUUCCCUGCUUAAAGAUGCACUUCAAAAUCAAGAGCCAGCUCUGGAACGUAUACGCACCCAGUUGCAGGUAGCUCGAGGUCAGCUGGAUCAAGUUGUAACUUUGAGGGGUAGAAUAAUGUCACCUCCUGUAUUUGCUCAUAGUCAACAACUUGAUACGACAAAAGCUGCUGAAGAGAAUUUGUCUUUGCCGCAGCUAACUAAUCUUCCUCCAUCAGCCCAGACUAUGAUGACAGCAAUAUCUAAAACUACUGAAGAUGAAAACAAGAAGGCUGCAGCAGCUGCAGUUGUUGCAAAGCUUGCUGCUUCUACGUCCUCUGCCCAAAUGCUUACCUCAGUUUUUUCUUCCCUUGUGGCUGAAGAGGCUGCUUCUAUAAGCGGUGGCUUGAAAUCUGCAGGAUUCUCUACCGGCAUGUCUCUGUUUCCUCCAGAAAAAAGGCCUAGAUUGGAGAAACCGAUGUCUGGUCCAGAUGCCAACAAUUCUGAAGCUGGCAAUUCAUCUUAUUUUACAUCUUUGCAACAGCAGCCAGCAAGUAAUGUGCCAGUUACAAGUGUGCAGUCCAUGUCUCAACCAGGCCAUAUGCAGUCGCCCUUUCCGCCUCCAGCACCUCCACCCCCUCCACCUGGACCCCUUUCUAAUUCCCCAACAAAUCAGUUUGUUCAACCUGCUAGCCUCAUGCCUUAUGGAUAUGGUUCUACUAGCCUACCUCCGCCUCCUCCUUUGCCUUCCCAUGUUACAAUGGGAUUGACUAGGCCAGCACCGCCACCUCAGCUGCAACAGUCUCAAGCUCAGCAACAGAAUAACAAUAGUGGGUACUAUCGCCCCCCUGGGAUUGGAUUCUAUGGGCAAAACCAUCAGCCAGCUCCGCCGCCUGUUCAACGACAAUGAGAUUACCUGAAAGUGCAGGAGAUGUGACAUUUGUAAAUUAAUAGGCAUGUUUUAGACAUAGGACUAAAUUUGGUAGUGAUAAAACUGUUCUCACCCCUGAAUCUCUCAUUCUCCGGAGUUUCCUCCUUCCCCCUCUUCGUAACUUGGGGGCUAUUAGACGACUAUAAGAUGUCCUAUAGUAAUAUGUCCAACUUAAGAUGUACCAUUUUGAGUGGCAGCUCUUAGCCCCACCCCCCUACAUUUAGAUGCCCCAUCCAUAAAGUCAUUAUUUGCCAUAAUACCGCAUCUGUGGCAAGCAACAGACUCACCCUCCUAGGGUUCUGGUUCAUAGAAAGAUCUUGUUUCUUUAACGAUUUUUGAUCUGCAGUGGACCUUGCUUUCAGUAGGAGUCAGACUUAUGCUCAACUGUGGCUAGGAAAUGAAAUUAUCGAAAAUGAAUGAAAUUUGCCUUUGUGGUGGAUAUAUAUUGCAUUUAAACUGAA